AGGACAAGCCCUCCAGCGAUUAGUAGUAGCUCGUGGCUAGCCUUUUAUAUCAGAUAACAAACGAUAGAAACUGCAAAUCUACUAGGUUAACCUAGUUACUACAUAAUCCGUAAGGGUAUUAUCUCAUUCCAUUUGCACUAGAUCUUCGCUAGCCAAUACCACCAUGAGUAGACAUCUUCACGCUCCCCAGCAGGGCGUGAAUUCGUAUCUUUCUUUCCCUUCUUUUUUAUCUGGGUGCUCGUGUGCCAUGUGGCUUUCGGCCUUCCGCCUUGUGUAUAUUUCUUGCUUGUUGACAUGAAUAUUUCAUCAACCAAUUCCUUAUUUCUGUUUCAUACCGAGGUCCUAAUUCCAAGUGGCCCUAUUUGCAACUGGUUUCGGUUUCAGUUUUACCUCGUAGGGCUAUCUGGGCCGUAAAGAGAAUAACUCGAACUCGUUCCCUACCUUACCGCAGCCUAAAGCCCAUUCGUCGACAUGGCCUGGAUCCACGAUAUCAAUGUUAGGGUUGCGAAGAGCCCGGUUGGGCGAUGGUUCCAACUAGAGGGAUCAGGUCACCCCAAGGAACGCAAGGGUUCCUAUUUCUUCACCGAGCUGCGAGCUGGGAUUGCUGCAUUUUUCGCUAUGGCUUAUAUCAUCGCUGUCAACUCAAGCGUCGUAUCCGAUACGGGUGGUACCUGCGUAUGCAACGGUGGACCGGAUGACCAAGCCUGCAAAGUGAACGAAGAGUACCUAUUAUGCGUCGCUGAAAUUAAACGCGACCUAGUUACGGCGACGGCUGCCAUUUCUGCGCUGUCGUCGUUCUGUAUGGGCUUGUUUGCAAACCUCCCGGUGUCAUUAGCUCCUGGUAUGGGUCUGAAUGCGUACUUUGCUUACACCGUGGUUGGAUUUCACGGUACAGGACUUGUACCUUACUCCGUAGCCCUAACGGCCACCUUUGUCGAAGGAUGGGUGUUUUUUGCCCUUGCUCUGUUUGGCCUACGUCAAUGGCUCGCAAGAGCAAUCCCACGAUCGAUCAAACUUGCCACGAGCGUGGGAAUAGGCCUGUUUCUAACUUUGAUUGGGUUGACGUAUAGUGAAGGCAUAGGCCUAAUCACUGGUGCGCAAGACACACCAAUGGAGGUGGCUGGCUGCUCGGCUGUAGACCAAACUACUGGACUUUGUGACGAUGGAGACAAGAUGCGUAAUCCGAAGAUGUGGAUUGGAAUAUUCUGUGGUGGAGUUUUGACCGUUCUCCUGAUGAUGUAUCGCGUAAAGGGUGCCAUAGUAGCCGGGAUCCUACUGGUUAGUAUUAUCUCCUGGCCACGUGGAACUUCUGUCACCUACUUUCCAUACACAGCUGUGGGAGAUGAUGCUUUCAACUUCUUCAAAAAAGUUGUAGACUUCCAUAAGAUUACCAAAACCCUCACCGUCCAACGCUGGGAUAUCGCGGAGUAUGGGGGCCAGUUUGGACUGGCAUUUAUUACAUUCCUCUACGUUGAUAUCCUCGACUGUACGGGAACAUUGUACUCAAUGGCGCGAUUUGCCAACGUUAUCGAUCCUGUAACUGAGGAUUUCGAGGGUUCAACUAUGGCAUAUAUGGUUGAUGCGAUUAGCAUAUCUAUUGGAUCUCUCCUAGGGUGUCCGCCUGUUACGGCCUUUGUUGAAAGCGGAGCUGGUAUUGCCGAAGGUGGGCGAACAGGUCUUACUUCCAUGACUACGGGCCUAUGCUUCUUCAUAUCAAUAUUCUUCGCGCCCAUCUUUGCAUCCAUCCCUCCAUGGGCUACAGGUUGCGUACUGGUCUUGGUUGGGUCGAUGAUGAUGCGAGCGGUGACUGAGAUUAACUGGAAGUAUCUGGGCGACGCUAUACCAGCAUUUGUUACCAUCUUUGCAAUGCCUUUUACGUAUAGCAUUGCCGAUGGUCUUAUCGGUGGUAUUUGCCUAUAUAUCACGCUUAAUACGCUAGUUUGGCUUAUCGAGAAGAUAUCCCGGGGACGUAUCGUCCCGCCCAACAAGGCGGAAAAGGACCAUUGGACUUGGAGACUUCGUGGUGGCAUACUGCCGCCUUGGGUAAUGCGUCUCUACACUGGCAAAAGUGACUUCACCCAGGACGAUACGCCUGUGACUGAAUCGAGUGUAGACGUACCCGGAGAAGAGGAGAUGGUGAAGACGAAAUCGAAAGAACCUGGGAGGGGCCAGACCGAAGCGUCUACACUUCGGGUUCAGGAGAAGUCUACUUGAAAUAUUAUCUAUAUAUGGGGAUGGUGUAGCAUAUAUGUAUAUAUAUAGUCGACUCUGUGUGUAUCUGGAAUAGAUACCAGCCCGGGAUAUGUUAGAUAUUUAUCCGGAUGGCUUCUUGACAGCGCAAAUUUUUUUUUUUGGAGAUAUUCGGACCGAUGUAUGGGUUCAUUUCGGAUGUAUGUUACGUUGGAGAAGACUUGUGAACCAUAGAUGGAGGAGUUACACGGGGACGCAGAAGGAUG